GAGAGAGACAGAACACGAAACAACUGUUCUGUUCGUAAGUACAAGACGCAGCAUUUUCCUGGUUAUUCGUCGUGAGCAUUUGGGCUGGACAAAAUUUAGUUCUCCCUCAUUUCAGAGCAGUGCUUCACUUUGAUUUAUCCAGACAAAUAAAUCAAUCCAAGAUGCCCAACAUCAAGCUUCAGAGUUCAGACGGUGAGGUGUUCGAAGUUGACGUUGAAAUUGCCAAGUGCUCAGUGACGAUCAAGACUAUGCUUGAGGAUCUUGGUAUGGACGAGGACGAGGAAGAGGUUGUGCCCCUACCAAAUGUUAACUCAGCCAUACUCAAGAAGGUCAUACAGUGGGCAACGUACCACAAGGACGACCCACCACCACCAGAGGACGACGAGAACAAAGAGAAAAGGACUGAUGACAUCAGUUCCUGGGACGCUGAUUUCUUAAAGGUUGAUCAGGGAACACUCUUCGAGCUGAUUCUCUCAGCCAACUACCUAGACAUCAAAGGUCUUCUCGACGUCACCUGCAAGACAGUCGCGAAUAUGAUCAAGGGUAAGACUCCGGAGGAAAUUCGUAAGACAUUCAAUAUCAAGAACGACUUCACCGCAGCCGAGGAAGAGCAGGUUCGCAAGGAGAACGAGUGGUGCGAGGAGAAGUAGAUAAAUUAAAUUAAGAUUCAACAGCAACUUUUGUCAUUUUUUUCGUUUCCUGCGGCACAUUGAAAGAGCUCCGUGAGAGAACUUUCAAAGUUUAAAGUGAAAUUCAUCGUCUCAGGAAAAUUUAAAAGACACGUCUGAUUUUGGUCAGGGCAAACCGGAGAAUUCAAUGGCCGCUGAGUUGACUUUCACCUCUUUUAGAGUUACGCUCUUUUUUCAAGAAAAAUUUUCGUGUGUGUCACGUGAUUAAUUAUCGCUGUAGCAGAAGAAGAUACAAAGUUAAGAAAAUAGUCUUGAGUUAAAUAGUUAAGUCCAAUAUGUAGCGUGAUAAAUUUUAAGUUGUACAAUGCUAAAAAUUCUUUGGAAAAUUUCCGGGAAAUUUCUGAGCUUUGAAGAACUGACGAUGAAAAUUACAUAGCCCUUGAACUAUCAUUAAAAACGCUUAAAUUACCUGGAAAUCGUACAAUACAUUUCUUUGAACGUCAAAUGUGGUAUGUUUUCGAUAACUAGGGAAAUUCCGGGGGCAGGAUUUAUCUGACAUCAAGACUAUUUUAGCAAUUUUCGCAUCGUGCAGUUCUCCUAAUUUUCGGAAAUAUUUUCACCAGUGUAGGUUUUAAGUAAUUCAACUGUAUGUAUUAAUCCUUCUAUUAUACGUUAUGAUAUCUGAAAUCAA